AUCGACCACAGGAUGAAAGUACAGCUGAGACUCUGCAAAGAAUACUCAUACUCGGUGACAGGGAGGGUAAGAAGGCUGGAGAACUCCCGGGGACAUCAAAGUAGUGUUGGCCCUUUGGGCUCUAGAGGGAUGACCCAGCCCUAAGGGACGCCUCUCACUUCGCCAACGGGUCGUGCCCAGCCCUUUCCGGAGUUUCAUUCUGGUUCCUCCGCCCCCUCCUUCUCCGCUCCGCGCCCUAGAGGAAACAGGACAGUGUCUUCAGCCUUUUCUUCAAGAUUUUUUAUCAUGAAUUAUCACAUGUCAAACUGGACAACUUACCAUAGUUAAAGUUUCACCAGUUGACAAAUUGAAGACUUCCAGACUACUGAAAAGAAGGUGCUUUCAGAACUGGGGAUGUGAAUAAGACGCCUGUGCCAGGGCUCAUGAACCACCUUAAGAAAAUGACUGCGGUGUUGGAAGACCAUUGCUAUUGGAAAGCCGGUUAGCAUCCAUUUCCUAAGAGAAACUUGACCACCAUUUGCUCUGGCAUGGCGCAAAGCAGUCCACAGCUUGAUAUGCAGGUUCUCCUUGACCUCCGACAACGUUUCCCUGAGAUUCCAGAGGGUGUGGUGUCUCAAUGCAUGUUACAGAAUAACAACAAUCUUGAAGCCUGUUGCCGAGCCCUUUCCCAGGAAAGUAGCAAAUACUUAUAUAUGGAAUACCAUAGUCCAGAUGACAACAGAAUGAAUAGAAAUCGCCUUUUGCAUAUUAACCUGGGUAUCCAUUCUCCUAGUAGCUACCACCCAGGAGAUGGAGCACAACUUAAUGGUGGUCGAACACUGGUACAUAGCUCAAGUGAUGGACAUAUUGAUCCACAGCAUGCAGCAGGUAAACAAUUGAUAUGUUUAGUUCCGGAACCACACUCGGCCCCAGCUGUUGUGGCUGCUACUCCAAACUACAAUCCAUUUUUUAUGAAUGAACAGAACAGAAGUGCAGCUACUCCUCCUUCACAGCCACCUCAACAGCCAUCUUCGAUGCAAACAGGAAUGAGUCCAUCUGCUAUGCAAGGGCCUUCACCUCCUUCAUACAUGCACAUACCUCGGUAUAGUACAAAUCCAAUUACUGUUACAGUAUCCCAAAACCUCCCUUCUGGACAGACUGUACCAAGAGCUUUACAAAUUCUUCCACAAAUUCCAAGCAAUCUCUAUGGGUCUCCUGGUUCUAUUUAUAUUAGACAGACAUCUCAGAGUCCAUCAGGAAGACGAACUCCUCAGAGUACCCCAUGGCAGUCCUCACCACAGGGCCCAGUGUCUCAUUAUAGCCAACGUCCUCUACCUAUUUAUCCACAUCAACAGAACUAUCAACCUUCUCAGUAUUCUCCCAAACAACAACAGAUCCCUCAGCCUGCUUACCAUUCGCCACCUCCUUCGCAGUGUCCUUCACCCUUCAGCUCUCCACAACAUCAAGUGCAACCUUCACCGUUGGGCCACCCGAGUUCCCACGUCUUUAUGCCCCCUAGUCCUUCAACUACUCCACCUCAUCCAUAUCAACAAGGACCUUCUAGCUAUCACAAACAGGGAAACCAUUCAGUAGCUUAUCUCCCAUAUACAACAUCUAGCUUACCCAAAGGAUCCAUGAAGAAGAUAGAAAUUACAGUUGAACCCUCUCAAAGGAGUCCUUCACCUAUCAGUAAUCAGCAGUCUCCACGGAAUCAGCACUCGUUGUACACAGCCACCACUCCACCCUCAAGUUCUCCUUCAAGAGGGAUAUCCAGUCAACCAAAACCUCCAUUUAGUGUUAAUCCUGUGUAUAUUACAUAUACACAGCCAACUGGACCUUCAUGCGCUCCAUCACCAUCUCCUCGUGUAAUACCAAACCCAACUACAGUUUUUAAAAUUACCGUAGGCCGAGCAACGACUGAAAAUCUUUUAAAUUUAGUGGACCAAGAAGAACCUUCUGCAGCCCCAGAACCUAUUCAGCCCAUUUCAAUGAUACCAGGCUCUGGGGGAGAAAAGGGAAGCCAUAAAUACCACAGGAGUUCUAGUUCUGGAUCAGAUGACUAUGCCUAUACGCAAGCCUUGCUGUUGCAUCAGCGAGCAAGGAUGGAGAGGUUAGCAAAGCAAUUGAAACUUGAGAAAGAGGAGUUAGAACGAUUGAAGGCUGAAGUUAACGGUAUGGAGCAUGACCUAAUGCAGAGACGGCUCAGAAGGGUCAGCUGCACCACUCCGAUUCCAACGCCUGAGGAAAUGACAAGAUUGAGAAGCAUGAACAGACAACUCCAGAUAAAUGUUGACUGUACACUGAAAGAAGUUGACCUCCUUCAAUCUAGAGGAAACUUUGAUCCAAAAGCCAUGAAUAAUUUUUAUGACCACAUACAACCUGGCCCAGUGGUACCACCCAAGCCAUCUAAAAAAGACUCAUCAGACCCUUGCACAGUUGAGAGGAAAGCCCGAAGAAUUAGUGUGACCUCCAAAGUACAGGCGGAUGUCCAUGACACCCAGGCAGCAGCUGCAGAGCAUCUACCUGGCUCCAAGCACAAUCCUCAGACACAGCCCCGAGAUGAAGACUAUGAAGGGGCCCCAUGGAAUUGUGACAGCUGUACGUUUCUGAACCACCCAGCACUAAAUCGCUGUGAGCAGUGUGAGAUGCCCCGAUACACCUGAGUUCAGAAGAGUCUGCACCAGGUUGACAGUGAAGCUGAGCGCCCAUAAGAAGAAAAGGAAACUGCGGGGAUCUUCAUCUGUCCAGCCUUUUCAUUUCAGAUUCCAUAGGGGGUGGAGGAAUGCACUGUAGCUGCCUGUGCUCACUACAGGAAAAAUGGGGAAGGUUUUUUCCCUUCUUAACUCAUUACAGAGUGAGAGACAGAAAGGGAUACUUGAAACUGGGAAAGGAUUCUCUCCUGAAAGAAUGUACACAGAGAAGUCAAGAGCUCUUCUGUGGGAUCCAGUUGUUGAAGUUACUGCUGAGUGGCCCUUAUUUUGUAAACUAGAACUUGGAAUCAUAGUGUGACAUAUUACAGUUUAUGCAGACAAACUGUGAAUCCCCAUAGCAGACUUACCUGGUCACAGCUCUCUGAAAAACAAAGCGCCUCCCCCCUUCCCCAUGCUUUUUCCCAUUGCUUCCUCCUGAAGAGGACAGGGAAAAGCACUUAGAAUAUGAUGGGCGGCGGGGGGCAAAAUAAUAGGGUAUUUGUAAUUGCUGCUUUUUUCAGGGGUAAUUUCCAACACACAAACAGGAUGUUUUAAAAUGUGAUUUGCAGUAGUCAGGAAUUAGGCAUAUUGUGCCCUUUGUCAAAAGUAUAAUCAUUGCUUGUGCAAUGAUUCAAGCUAUAUCAACACUGGUAACCAAGACCUAAUUACGCCACAUAAUAGAUAUAUUUUUGAAGUUACUGCAUGCUUUUAUUAGGUCAUUGGUUUUAAAAAUAACAAACGAGUCCUUACAAAGUAUAAUUUUAUGAAUGACCUUCUCGUAAAACUGUGCUUUAUCAGUUGCACAAUGAAUGUAUGCCAAUUGUAAAUCCAUUCCAAAAUCCAUUUGGAAACCUUGAUCUCAGCUGUGGUUCUACAAGAUACAUUUGCAGUACAUAGGGCCUUUUCUGCCCCCUCCUUUCAGUUUUGUGAGGGAUUCAUGAUGUUUACAGCACAGAUAAUACUUUGUGCCAUAAUCCUAACUUAGCUGAAAAAAAUUAAUUUUAGUUCAAUAAAUAUUUUUUUGCACAUACAUUCAUAAACCAGAGAGGGAAAUUACAGUGGGCUAAUAUAAAGUUGGGGAGGAAGAGAAGGGUAGUCAAAAAAUAUGAUUAAGAAUAAGGUGAAUAAAAAGGACUUUGAAGCUAAGAACUUUUCAAAUUUAACAUACUAUAUUCAGAAAUAACACUGAGUUUGUUCCAAGUAGUUCAAGUGAUACUGAAGCACUCCUUAUGUCUGAAACUAGAACUUUAGGGUGUGCACAACUGAAGAGAUGUAAAAUCAUGUAAUUCCCUAGAAUGCACCACUAGAAAAAUUUUAAUAAGACAUUCAAUUAAGGAUUCUACCAUCGUUGAGAAUUGGAUUUUGGAAUCUUCCCCUUAUUUGGGUAAAUAUAAACAGCAAUGAAAUUGAAAUUUUUUCUAAUCCUUAAGGAUUUUUCCUGGGGUUAUAAAUUUAGAAAUAUCCACCUUACACACACACACACACACACACACGCUUCAAGCUGUCAUUGCAUUCUAAUUUGGCAGUAAUCUCUGGCAGACCUGGAAAAAUAAGCUGCACUUAAUACCAUAAUGAAACCAAAGGCAUAACAAAUCAUCAUAGUUUUCCAUCAAAAUCAUACUUUCACACUCUACAAAGUGUGGCUAUGUAAUAACACUGAUAAAACAUCUCUCAUACAACAACUGUGGCAAAACUGUGAAAACAAUGGUGAGAAAGCAGAUGGACUUAAAAGCAUUGACCUGAAAACAGCAUCCUUUAAAGGCUUUUGUAACAUGUAUCUGUCAGUCUCCAAUAACAGUCUAUCAGUCCUAUUCUGUAAUAUUCCAUCAUCAUUGCCUUUGUAUGGUUUCAUUAUCUCUUUAGUGAUUGUGGACCCCACUUGGUAUUUAGUAACAAUUUAGGGGGAAAUCUAUAUACUGCUUGGUGUUUUAGCUAAAGGUUUACCAAUAUUCUUAGUGAUAUGCUCAAGUGGCAGCAGCUAACUUGGCAGUUGGCAGUUGAGAGUGAAAGUAGCAUGUAUGAAAACAGUUUGAUGCUUUAUUAAAACCAUGUAGAUGACUUUAAAACUAUUGCAUGAACAUACAUCCAGGUUACUAAGCUGCUGUCAUACAGUAGAUGCAUGGUUCCCAUCCUUUGGUGAUAUAUCUAGUCAAUCAUUGUUUUCACCUGCCAGGGAAAAUGAGAAACCAGUCUAUUUGAUAGGUAUAGAGGGUGGGGUAUGACACAUCAGAUUGAUUUUAAGGAAGUGUUUUGUAUGUGUUCAUUUCUGAUUGUGCACAAGUUUCAUACACCAACAUAGGCUGUAUUCAGUUUUUAAAAUAAGCAAAAUCAUUGGAUACUGAUAAAUCUGAUACAUUCAACUGUGUCCCAUAUAUCCAUUACUUCUUGUCUGUGACCAGUUUGAAUAAGAAUUCAGUCAACUUUCAAGGUAAAGGAUCUCCUAGUUAGAUUGAUAUAUACAGACAAUUGGCAUAUAAAUGGUAGGAUACAAAUUGGAUGUUGCCUGCCUGCUGAUGGGUGCCUACGCUCUUUGGAUCAAUUGGUACACUUGUUUCUAUUAAAAACUUUUUUUCUUAA